AUGCAUUCGUGUAUGAAAUCGUUAGAUCAAUCUGUCCUCCUCAGUCGAAUGUUAAGUGAGUCAGCACGACGCGCGUCAUUUGUUUCGUUAGAAUCUGUAUCAACACGUGAUGCAGCCUCGGAACAACCAAUUGAACCAUUACCACAAAUAAUUGGAAUAUCUCGAAAAGUAUCCGAAAUAUGUAAAUUCUGUCGCAUAGGUGAANGCAGCGAAUCUAGUGAAUUGUGUGGGCAUACAAUGGUGCAACAUGAUCCGUUUGGGGAAAUUCUUUUCUUACAUGCUAAUAUGAUAAAAUACCAUCCACAUCUGAAAUAUUCUCCCGAAUCAAAGUAUCCCGAAGUGAUGCACUUGUCAAAUCCUUGGCGUGUUCUUAGACGAUACGCCAAUACGGCUGGCUACUUGAAAGCUUCAAUUUAUCGUAAAUACGGUUAUUCAUGCACAACUUUCCCGACUGAUGGACCACCACUUUAUGAAGAAGAUUUUCAUCGUCUUAUUUCACCAACUAUAACUAUGAUGUAUCUUCGAUUUCUGAAUGAAAAGACUAGCAAUAGUGACACUUCCGAAUAUGCGUCAGUUGUCGAGUAA